CUUAGUGAUGAAAUUUUUAGGCGCAAAAAUAUAACCUAAAAAAAUGAAUGAACUAGAGGAAUAUGAAAUUAUAUAUAAAUAUAAUAAUAUUAAUUACAAUAUUGUAGCGACAAAUAAAACACAUGUCAAAUUAAAAAAUGAUAAAGAAUUCUUCAAAGCUUAUAUUAGCAGUAAUAUAAACUCAUGCAAAACAACAGACAUAAUAAAAAAAGUGAAUGAUCUUAAUAUUGAAAAUUUCGUAUGGACGGAAGAAUCCAUCAAGUUACUUUUACAAAAAUAUAAUGAUAGGAAGAAUAAAUUCCGUGAUCCUAAAAUUAAGAAAAAGUUGUUAUGGCUGGAGAUUGUAGAGGAAUUUAAAAUUAAAGGUUAUAAUGUCAAUGAAGCUGUCUUAAACAGCAAAAUGAGAAAUUUAAAACAGUCGUAUAAAAAUAUAAAGAACAAUAAUAAAAAAACAUGUACAAAUCAUUCUCGAAAUACCUGGAAAUGGUACAAGACAAUGGAAAAUCUGUUUAAAGAAGAUCGAACAGUAAACGUAGGUGCUAUGUUGCCCUCUAUGAUAAAUAGCGUAAAUAAUUUGGAAGGUUCCACUUCAAUUCCAUCAAUAUCAAUUGAAGGUGACGGACGUAUAAAUACUGUCCACAAGGAUAUUUAUAAUAUAAACUCAUGUGAAACAAUAGGACAACAAAAACAAGUGAAUGAUUUUAAUAUUGAAAAUUUCGCAUGGACGAACCAAACUAUCAAGUUACUUUUACAAAAAUAUUAUGAUAGGAAUAGUAAAUUUCGUGAUCCUAAAAUUAAGAAAAAGUUGUUAUGGAUGGAAAUUGUAGAGGAAUUUAAAAUUAAAGGUUAUAAUGUUAAUGAAACUAUCCUAGAUAACAAAAUGAGAAAUUUAAAACAAUCGUAUGAAAAUAUAAAGAAUAACAACAACAAAACAAGUACAGGUCGAUGUCCAAUUACCUGGAAAUGGUACAACACAAUGGAGGAUCUAUUUAAAGAAGAUCAAACCAUAAACGUAGGUGCUACAUUGUCUUCUAUGAUAAAUAGCAUAAAUAAUUUGGAAAGUUUCACUCCAAUUCCACCAACAUCAAUUGAAAAUGAAGAACAUGUAAAUCCUGUCUACUCAGAUAUCGAUAAUAUAAACUUAUGUGAAGCAAUAGGAAUACAAAAAGAAGUAAACGAUAUUAAUAUUGAAAAUUUUGCAUGGACCAAUCAAACUACCAAGUUACUUUUACAAAAAUAUAAUGACAGGAAGAAUAAAUUUCGUGACCCUAAAAUUAAGAAGAAGUUAUUAUGGAUGGAGAUUGUAGAGGAGUUUAAAAUUAAAGGUUAUAAUGUUAAUGAAGCUAUUGUAGAUCGCAAAAUGAGAAAUUUAAAACAGUCAUAUAAAAGUAUAAAGGACAACAAUAAAAAAACAAGUACAGGUCGUAAUCGAAUUACCUGGAAAUGGUAUGACACAAUGGAGGAUCUAUUUAAUGAAGAUCGAGCCGUGAAUGUAGGUGCUACACUGUCCUUUGUGAUAAAUAGCGUAAAUAUUAAGGAAGGUUCUACCUCAAUUUUACCAACAUCAACUGAAGAUGACGUACAUGUAAAUGCUAUCCACUCGGGUAUUGAUAAUAUAAACGCAUGUGAAACUAUAGGAAUACAAAAAGAAGUGAAUGAUAUGAAUAUUGAAAAUUUCGCAUGGACGAAUCAAACCACCAAGUUACUUUUACAAAAAUAUAAUGAUAGAAAGAGUAAAUUUCGCGAUCCUAAAAUUAAAAAAAAGUUGUUAUGGAUGGAAAUUGUAGAGGAAUUUAAAAUUAAAGGUUAUAAUGUUAAUAGUGCCAUCCUAGAUCGCAAAAUGAGAAAUUUAAAACAGUCAUAUAAAAGUAUAAGGGAUAAAAAGAAAACAAGCACAGGUCACACUCGAAUUACCUGGAAAUGGUAUGAUACAAUGGAUGGUCUAUUUAAAGAAGAUCAAACCAUAAACGUAGGUGUUACGUUAUCCUCCAUGAUAAAUAGUAUAAUUAAUGAGGAAGGUUCCACUUCUAUUCCAUCCACAUCAUUUGAAGAUGAUGAACAUAUAAAUACUGUCUACUCGGAUAUUAAUGUUGAACAGUCCAAAAUGACCGAAAAUUUUACAGAAAGUAGAACUUCAAUAAGUCCUGUUCCUGAUAUCUUAUCAAAGCGACAUCCUUUCAAGAACUUAAAAGAAAAAGCUACUGAAUCAAGAGCACUAUAUAAUAUACGUAAAAUGAUGUUAGUGGGUGAAGAAAGAAGAGUAGACGCAAUUAAUAAAUUAAGUGAAAAAAUUGAGGAACAUAAUAAAAUUCAACGAGAAAGAAAUGAUAUUUUGAAAUGUUUAAUUUCUUUACAAAAGAAUGUACGUAGAAAAUGAUUAUUAAAAUAUAGAAUAUAUAAGUAUAUGUAAAUAUAGAUAUAAUAUAAAAGUAAUAAUUUCUAUAUUUUCUACAAUAUAGAAAAAUAUAAGGAUAUAUAAAUAUAGAUAUAAUGUAG